GGAAAUGUUACAGUUGUGACGGAAACUUCUGAUGGUCGACGUCAAGUUCUCAAUUCACGGCUGAGUGAUGCACCGCAUAAUGAUCCUAAUUCGAUGUAUGAGCAACGCUCACGAGGCAAUAGACAUUCAUCAAAUGGUCAUCAUAAUCAUGGGUUCUUUCCUCGAAGGAGAUAA